AAUAGAAAACAGCAGUAAAACAGCAGCUGUUGCGACGAAAGCGUGCUUACCUGGACUUUAAUUCGCAUAUUAAAAAUUAUUAAAAUAAACCGCAACACAGUACAUCGCGCGGAUAAAUUUGGUCCCGCGGAAAAAUUUAUCUUAUCGUGCAGAUGAAUCGUGUAAAGAUUAAAAUCCGUAAUAAGAGUGGGACCAGUUAAAUGCCUAUCUCAAAUUAGACCUGUUGAUUGGUAUACGAAUUUUUUGGAUGUACGCAAAUCUCUGUUUAGACAGGCUUUCGUUAUCUCGUGUAAUAUAACGGUGCUAAAUCACGCUAAGUGAAAUCGCUAUGAAAAGUGCAGACAACGGUUCCUAAGGUUAUGUUCCCGUUUAUUCGAAUUUCUGUCAAUUGUUUAUAAAAAUCACGUGGAGUAAUCAGCACUGGUGUCGUGCAUGUCAUUCGAAGAACGCGCGAAAAUUAAUUUAUAAGUAAGUACUGUCCUGAAUAACAAUACAUUCUUCGUCUCAGUUGUAACGCAAGACGAUAAUUGAAUUUCCUGAAGCGGUACAAAAGGAAUUUCCAGAAUGGGUCGCACGGUAACAGUAGCCGCUUGCACUCUGAAUCAAUGGGCGAUGGACUUCGAUGGAAAUUCCCGGAGGAUUCUGCAGAGCAUCCAGGAAGCCAAGGAAGCUGGUGCUACUUACAGAAGUGGUCCCGAGCUGGAGAUUUGUGGUUACAGCUGCGAGGAUCAUUUCUACGAGCCAGACACGCUUCUCCACAGCUGGGAGGUGCUCGCGACGAUUCUGAAGUCGUCCGUGGCCGAGGACAUGCUGAUAGACGUCGGUAUGCCCGUGAUGCACAAGAAUGUGACGUACAACUGUCGCGUGGCGUUGCUGAAUCGGCGGAUCCUGUUGAUCAGGCCGAAGAUGAAGUUGUGCGAGGACGGGAAUUACAGAGAGACCAGGUGGUUCUCUCCGUGGACCAAGGAACGCAUGGUGGAGGACUACUUUCUGCCUAGAAUGAUAUCACAGAUCACCGGCCAGACGGUAGUGCCGUUCGGCGACGCGGUCAUUUCGACCAGGGACACGUGCGUCGGUUUCGAGAUCUGCGAGGAGCUGUGGAACCCGAUGAGCAAUCACAUUCCCAUGAGCUUGGACGGCGUAGAAAUUAUUGCGAAUGGUAGCGGCUCGUACUUCGAAUUACGGAAGGCGUACGUCACUGUUGACCUGGUCAAGUCGGCUACUUUCAAAUCGGGCGGCUGUUACAUGUUCAGCAAUUUGCGGGGCUGCGAUGGAUCUAGAUUGUACUUUAACGGGGGUUCAUCCAUCACGUUGAAUGGUCAGAUCUUGAAUCGCGGCAGGGAAUUCGCUUUGGACGAUGUGGAAGUAGUCGUCGCUACCUUCGAUUUGGAGAACAUCAGGAGCUAUAGAAAUAAUAUGAGAUCGAGAACUCAUAUAGCUGCGAAAUCGCAGAGUUAUCCGCGAGUCAAAGUGGACUUCGCUCUAACUUCGGAGAAUUUAAUUUCGAAUCCUCCGGACCGGCCCAUCGACGUCGAUUUGGGUCCUUACGAAGGAGAAAAUCUAACCGGGAAGCUUGUCUAUCAUACUCCCGAGGAGGAGAUUUCGAUGGCGCCUGCUUGCUGGCUCUGGGAUUAUCUCAGGCGAUCGUGUCAAGGUGGAUUUUUUUUACCGUUGAGCGGUGGCGUAGACUCGGCUUCAUCGGCCUGCAUGGUUUAUUCUAUGUGCGACAUGAUCGUAAAUUCGGUUAACAAAGGAGACACACAGGUAUUGUCCGAUAUCAGAAAGAUAGUUGGUGAUUGCGAAUACGUUCCGACUGAUCCGAAACAAUUAUGCAACACGAUUCUAGUAACGUGUUACAUGGGUACGGAAAACUCGUCCCCUGAAACGAAAGCACGAGCCGCUGAACUCGCUAGCCAAAUCGGUUCCUAUCAUCAUAGCAUAGUAAUUGACGUAGCGAUAUCCGCAAUUCUCACCAUUUUCCAACAAGUUACCAAGCUGUCGCCGAGAUUCAAAGUGCAAGGCGGAUCUCCCAGGGAAAAUUUAGCUUUGCAGAAUAUCCAAGCUCGUUUAAGGAUGGUGAUAGCUUAUCUAUUCGCUCAACUGAUGCUCUGGGUCAGGGGACGACCGGGUGGACUCUUGGUGCUAGGAAGCAGUAACGUCGACGAGGCGCUUCGAGGAUACUUCACUAAAUACGAUUGCAGUAGCGCCGAUAUAAACCCCAUCGGCGGAAUUGCGAAGAAUGAUUUAAAAUCGUUCCUCGCUUAUUUCAGGAAGAAACACGGGAUAACUGCUUUGGACGGAAUCUUAAAUGCUCCUCCUACUGCGGAGUUGGAGCCUCUGCAAGGUGGACAGCUCGCGCAACUGGACGAAGUCGAUAUGGGUAUGACGUACAAAGAACUCGGCACAUUCGGACGGUUGAGGAAACAGGAUUGCGCUGGUCCUUUCACGAUGUUCUGCAGACUUAUUCACAUGUGGGAUAAGUCUACUCCGAAAGAAGUGGCGGACAAGGUGAAACACUUCUAUAGAUGCUACGCGAUAAAUCGGCACAAAAUGACCAUCUUGACGCCAUCUUGUCACGCGGAGACUUACAGUCCCGACGACAACCGAUUCGAUCAUCGACCAUUCCUCUAUAAUCACACAUGGAAAUGGCAAUUUAACGCGAUCGACGAACAGGUGAAACGUCUUCUCAACGAAGAGAAAUCACCGGGAGCUCGAAAGGACGCGCCAAAGGUACCUGCGAAGCCGCGAUUCAUGCCGUUCAGCUCCGUAAUCAGCAAUAAAACACAUCCUGGAGUAGUAGUAUAACCGUAGCAGUAGCUCUCUCUGUCUCUUAUCAUUUUGACAUUGCAGCGUUGCGAGCUGAACGGAACGCAAACUUGCUAGCAGUUUCUUCGCGCAACCUACCGUCCAUCCUCGUCCUUGCACCCGUUAGGGAUCCCUCUGCGAAGCAAUGCCGGCUACUAUUUGUCGCGAAGAGGCUCGUCACCGGAAGAAUCGCGUGACUCGCGGAUUGUAUUAUAUUAAUCAUAACGAACUAAUCAUUACAAAUUAUACAAUAAAAAUAAACGGAUAUAUUUAUGCAAA